AUGCCAGAAAGAAAGACAUAUGUUGUUAUAGUAUUGUUGUGUUUUUUCUAUCUAUUUUAUGGAUCAAAUAUUUCAAAAGAAUGGAAAAUAUAAGAUUCAGUAAAAGAUUCAAAAGAUAUUGAGGUUGAAAUAAUUACUCCUAAAAUAGUUUCGAAAUAUUUAUUGACGAAAGAAACAAAACGAUUAACUCAAAAACUUCCAGUAUCACAUGUUUUUGUGGCAUCUGCUUACUAUUAUCCUACAUCAAAAUCGCUUGGCAGUAAUGCAAUUGCAUUGAAUAUUGUCAUUGACUCAAUAAAUUUUGACACAAAUCACUAUAAAUAUAAUUUUGUUGGAUCGAAUGAAACUUAUUCGAAAUCUGGAAUUGCCAUUUCUCAAACGGAACCAAAUAAAAAAUGCCGAUAUGCUCCAGCUGUGGCAAGGGGAAACAGCGUUCCCAAUUUGACAAAAUUGGAAUUGGAAUCAAAUGGGACUAAAGUUGAGAUUCCAUUUAAAAUGGCUCGUUACUCUGCACCAAAGCCUGUUGUAAUUUGUAUAUCUCCACAGUUUGUAGCUGAACAAUGGCAAAUUUUCUUGAUGCAUGUUCAUACAGCACACAGAUUUGGAGCUCACAUGCAUAUUUAUGUCAUUUCAAUUGUGAAUGCAUAUUACGAUUUGAUGAAAGAAUACGAACGUCAAGGAUACAUUACAAUGGAUAUGUGGCUCAAAAUGAAGUUUGAUGAACCAGGGUCACCUUACUUUGAACCAAAUUUGAAUACGGGGUUGAGAAAUCAAGCAGGAGCUUUAUCGGAUUGCUUAUUACAAUACAAGGAAGCAGCUAAAUAUAUUGCAUUUUUUGACUUGGAUGAUAUUCUAUUUCCAUUGAAUUACCCAACGUAUUUGGAAGAAUUCAAUGCAGAAUGGGCUAAACAACCAAAUACAACUUCUUUGGUAUAUGGUAGAAGGGAACAUGAAUUUGUGAAAGCUGAAACGUUAUCCGAUUUCAAUUUCUAUGAAUUGGUAUCGAGUUUAAAAUCAUCUCUUGUCAAAGCAGGAAAAGUAAUUGUAAAACCAGAAUUGCACAAUUCCAAAACCCAACAACGAGAAACAAUGUAAAAUUCCCACAUCUUGUUCAUGUUCAACGUCCAGUUCAAAAACAUGGAAACAAUGGAAUUAAGAAUUUAUGGAAAUUUCAUUUUUCUGAAUUUAAUGAGACAAUUCACAAAGAAGACAUAUUGGUAAACUUCUUCCAAAUAUUGAUUUCUAUUUCCCAAUUAUAUUCAAAUGCUACUUGAAACAGUUUUAUGGACGUGAAAUAACAGAAUGCCCUAAUGCUGAGAAAUGUGUACUUCCACAGAGAUCUGAUUACAAGUGUAUGCAUACAGAUGCCGAAUAUGUGUCUGGUCCUUCAACAAAACCGCUAACUUUUCAUUACUUUAAGAAUCCUUUCUGGUCUUCUGAUUACGGGUGUUAUCAAUA